CCAAAAAUCUAUGGAUGCUAGAUUACCCAUCGUGUAUGUUGCAUGUGUGAGGAUCACUUUGUGGAAAGCUAACAGCUAAAUGGAAUGGCAGAUUAUCCAGAGGACUAUUUGAUUCACAGAUGAGGAGCUAAAUAAAAUGAAGGACAACUCAGAGAGGAUGAAGGCAGAAAGUCACAAUAGUCAUGUUAAAUGGAAUUUCAUCAGGAUUAUGCUUUAGAUCAAAAUUUAACUUAUUUUGACUUCCGCUUCUUGACAGAAAUUGACCUCCAUAGUGAACUAAUGACAUUGUUUCAAUAUUACUGGUCUUUUUUUAGCUGUCACCAUUUAGGUGGACACACACCACUGUGUAGAACAAUAAAAAUAUUGCAAUCAUGCUGAAAAGGCCACAGACAGCCUGUGUGUGUUGGUUAGAUUUAAUACUGCUGUAUUUUUGGGGGGUGGGUAGAUAUCCAUAUGCUUUUGAAACCUCAAAUAUUUCUUGGUUUUAUUUUAUUUUUAUUGAAAUUUGUGCAAAUGAUUUCCUAAACAUUAGAUAUGCUCUCAAUCUUUAAUAUCCAGGAUUUAGUCUCAGCUCCUGCUCAAAGGUCCCCCUGCGUCAGUACCACUAUGUUAACACAGAAAUGAGCUGGCAUGAAGCUCAACAGUACUGCACAGAGAAAUACACUGACCUGGCCACCAUUGAGAGCAUGGACGACAUAAGCAGGCUAAAAGCUGAUUUUUCCUAUUCGUGGGCGUGGAUUGGACUAAAGGAUGACCCAAAGUCCUGGAAGACUCUGACCAAUGACACCAACUCAUGGAGAUGGUCAGCGACUGGUGAAACGAGCAAAACCACUUUCAACAACUGGAAGGCUGACGAACCAAACAGCAAACAUGGGAAUGAAAACUGUGUGCAGAUGGGCGCUGGUGGACUAUGGUCUGAUAAGAACUGUGAAUUGCUCAAAACUUCAGUUUGUUACACCGUUACAGAGCAAAACAAGAAAACGUACGCGCACAUUUCAACAUUGAAAACAUGGAGCUCUGCUCAAGAAUACUGCAGGACUCACUACACCGACUUGGCAGUGAUCGAGAACGGUGCAGAAAACGCUGAAGUCGAUUCUGUAAGACAACUCAAGGGUGAAGCUUGGAUCGGUCUGUACCGUGUGCCGUGGGUGUGGACCGACAAGAGCCAAAGCUCCUUCAGACACUGGACUACUUCCAGCCUAAACAACUCUGGUGGUAAUCAGUUCUGUAUGACUGAGAGUGGAAGCGAUCAUUACUGGGACGAUGGAGACUGUGAGGAAUACCAUGUGUUCCUCUGCCACCAAGUUUCAAAGGUGAAGAGGGUGAUGAAGCUGGUGAUUGUGACUGACGCUGACCUGACCAAUCCAGCUAUAAACAGCCAGCUCCUCCUGCAGUUUGGUGCCAUGCUAAGAAAUCAGGGAUACACUGAUGUCAAACUGCAGUGGAAGAUUCAGCCCAGAUAGAAAAGAGAAGAAUGUCAAGAGGAAGAACAUCAGUGUCAUUACAAGCUGCACUGCCAGUAUGCAGUUUCCAUAAUUGGAAAAACAAUGGAUUUUAUUACUAAUAAUGCACUUAAAAAAGCUACUUCCUCUAAACGAUAUCAUGGCUUUGUUAUAAUAUUUACUUGGUUUGUUUCCGCUAAUAGAAACUACAUCCUAGACAUGGAAUAGGCUGUUUGCUGUGUGCUGUGUAUUUGUGUUCUGGUUUGCUGUGUAACUGUAUAAGGAAAAUGUCACAAAUUUUAUCAUUACACCAUCAACAGAAAAUUAAUUGGCACCCAAGUUAAUAACUAACUAAGAAAUGUCUAAAAACUACUGCCUCAUGGCUGUAUGCCUCUGUCAUGUCUACUCAGACAUGACCUUUGGUAACACAAAAUGUCAUCACUUCAAUAUCUUAACCUAUAUGUGUGAUUUUAUUUUCCUUAAGUUAUGGCAAAAAUGUGUUUUCUGAAGCCACAGUGGCUGCUGACAGCCAAAAUCGAACCAGUCAAAGUGAAUGUUUGUGUUAAAUUUGACCAAAUGGCCUCAAUGCAAUCAAUCUGAUCAUAUCCUGCGCUGACAACAAGAGGCAGCACAGACACACUGAAAAAAUAACAGCCACGGUUAUCAAGACAAGAUAUCUGAAGGUCUAAUUUUGAUUGUUAAAUGAAUGUUAAGAGGGAUUUGUAAAAACUGUUCACUGAUAUUUUGCAUUUUGAACUUUAUUUCUAUUUUAUUAUUAAUCUCUGUGUAAUUGUGUAUAUUCCACUAACCUUUGUUUAUUGUUUGUUGCACUCUGGCAAAAUUAUUUCCUCCAGGAUGAAUAAAGUAGAUCUUAUCUUAUUUUAAGCAAAGAAUGAAUUAAGAUUAAUUGAUA